UCCUAAGGCUUUUACCGAAGUUAAUAUGGCCGCUGCUAGUGAGCCGCUGGGUGGCCGGUGAGAAAAGGAGGCGAGGUCUGGCUGAGUCUUUUGGCUGCGGUUCCUCUCAGCGAUGGCACUUCGGUCGCAGUUCUGGGAGUUGUUGUCGGUUUGCAGGAUCUCCGGGUGUCGGGUGGCAGCGAUCUCAACCAGUUCCAAGCCAGCGGUGAAGCCUGAAGCGGACCCCUUGGGAAAUGAAGCUGUUGCCCCAGAGUUCACCAACCGGAACCCCCGGAAUCUGGAGCUCUUGGCUGUAGCCAGAAAAGAGCGGGGUUGGGGGACCGUGUGGCCGUCCCGCGAGUUCUGGCACAGGUUGCGAGUUAUAAGGAGUCAGCAUCACAUAGAAGCACUUGUUGAACAUCGCAAUGGCCAGGUUGUGGUUUCGGCAUCCACGCGUGAAUGGGCCAUUAAAAAGCACCUUUACAGCACCAGAAAUGUGGUGGCUUGUGAGAGUGUAGGACGAGUGCUGGCACAGCGGUGCUUGGAAGCAGGAAUCAACUUCAUGGUCUACCAACCAACUCCUUGGGAGGCAGCCUCAGACUCGAUGAAACAACUACAGAGUGCCAUGACGGAAGGUGGCGUAGUGCUGCAGGAGCCUCGGAGAAUCUACGAGUAAAGCAGAAGCAUUGUUUGGAACUUGUAAAGCUGUCAGCUCUUCAGUCAUCAGAAGAGAGCCUCUGGAAGAACUGCCAGCUUGGACAUCUUAUAUGAUCAUCUAACAGCAGAAUGUUAUUGGUAGUUAAGGUUGUCUCCUUCUCCCCUUGUGCAUCUUUGUUUUAAAUCCAGGGCUAAAUUCUUCUCUCUUGGAUGAGAGAGAGGUAUCUGAGAAGAGCUGUUGCCAAUUAUAAUUAACUUUUGAAGAACAAAUUAAAUGUUGUUUAUAAGUUAAUAAAGGUAUAUUAUGAACUCUUA